GAAAAUGGCGAUUGAUGGCGAGGGAAAAUUUAUGAUGCUUAAUUCUGAUAUAACUAAAAAUUAAAUUAAACGUAAUAUAAUACCACUUUACUGAACUGCGUAAAUUUUAACGAGGUUUUAAAAAACAAUAAUAAUAGUGAACGAAACAACAUAUUGACUGGUGUGGCUGUAUAAGAUACAAGACCUUCUAAAGACGUCAGGUGUUCAAGUCAGAAGAUUUUGAAGUCCCAAGAAGGAUCACUCAAAGUGAAAACGAAAAACAUUAAAAAUAAAAUUUUGUGAAGUUUUCGCCCGUAAAUUCUCCAAUUUUAGUGUAAAACAAUUAUAUUUUCGUCAGAUGUGUCUUUCACUAGUUUCUUUAGUUAAACAACGCGUUUUUGUGAUGAACGAGGUAUCAUAAUCGCAAUAAUCGUUUCAAAAUUUUAUAGAUGAGAUUAUCAAUCUAAGUAUUCUGUUUCGUCGGUAGUUUCGUAAAUAUUUGAUUGAUUUUGCUGAAGAGAUCGGCGUUUUUUGUCAGGUUAUUAAGUUUGAAACGAUGCCCCUAUUUGGUAAAUCUACAAAAGGCCCAGCAGAUGUUGUGAAGGCUCUCAAGGAAGCAGUCAAUUCACUGGAAAAAGGUGACAAAAAAGCGGAAAAGGCCCAGGAAGAUGUAUCCAAGAACCUCGUCCUGAUCAAGAACAUGCUGUACGGCACCUCAGAUGCGGAGCCCCAGGCGGAUAUUAUCGUAGCGCAACUAGCUCAAGAGCUCUACAAUAGCAAUUUGUUGUUACUUCUGAUUCAAAAUCUGAACCGGAUCGACUUCGAGGGCAAGAAAGAUGUGGCCCAGGUGUUUAAUAAUAUACUAAGAAGACAGAUCGGAACGAGAUCGCCGACUGUAGAAUAUAUUUGUACUAAACCUGAGGUUUUGUUUACCUUAAUGACUGGGUAUGAGCAUCAAGAAAUAGCUUUAAACUGUGGUACUAUGUUACGUGAGUGUGCUAGGUACGAAGCUCUGGCAAAAAUAAUGUUAUACUCAGAUGAUUUUUAUAACUUUUUUCGAUACGUGGAGGUUUCUACUUUUGAUAUAGCUUCAGAUGCGUUUUCUACAUUUAAGGAAUUGCUAACCAGACACAAAAUCCUAUGCGCCGAUUUCUUAGAAAUGAACUACGACAAAGUAUUUAAUCACUAUCAGAGACUUCUCAAUUCUGAGAACUACGUCACUCGGCGUCAAAGUCUGAAGCUUCUCGGGGAAUUGUUACUGGAUAGACAUAAUUUCACAGUUAUGACCAGGUAUAUAUCGAACCCCGACAACUUGAAAUUAAUGAUGAAUAUGCUUAAGGAGAGGUCUAGAAAUAUUCAAUUUGAAGCUUUCCACGUAUUCAAGGUAUUCGUUGCCAAUCCAAAUAAACCUAAACCAAUUUUAGACAUUUUAUUACGGAAUCAAGAAAAACUCGUAGAAUUUCUGAUGCGGUUCCACACGGAUCGAGCAGAAGACGAGCAGUUCAACGACGAAAAGGCGUAUCUAAUAAGGCAAAUCAAGGAGCUGAAACCGAUACCGGGCCAUUAAAGAUACUGAUACUGAUACUGUACUUUGUCAAUAUUAUUUUUACUUGCUACCCAUUUUAAUUUGCAAAAGUCAACUAGAUGUAAUUGAACUAAGCAAUUUAUACCCACACGAUUAUUGCUAUUACGAUUUUAAUUCAUUUAUCAAUCAAAAACUUUGUCUAGCCCUCUUUCAAUGAAACUUUAACUGUUCGAUAAGUAAAUUAUAGCCGAUCUGCGGAAAUUCAAGAGAAUAAUACACAAAAUGGCGCGUGUUAUGUUUAAAAGAAUUGUAUUACAGUAUAAUUAUCACAUAUACAUGUUUUUCUGCGCAGAAAGUAUUUCAACGUACAAUAAAAUUGUAUCUCUGACUUCUAAUGUCAUGGAGGUCUGUUUCUUCCUCCUCCCCGAUCCUUAAUCCCUUAUAGAGAUGUGGAGACACCAUUUCUCUGUUCUGGAGUAGUUGUUCCUAGUCUUGAAUUCCUCAGUUGAUCAGUGUUUUUGUUUGAUCCACCCAACGACUUAGAGAUCUUACCCUCGGUCUUUUUCCUUCAACUGUUUAAGAGAUCUCGGCUAUGUGAAGCUAUUUAUAUAUAUAUAUAUAUAUAUAUAUAUAUAUAUAUAUAUAUAUAUAUAUAUAAUAGAUUUCUAUGGCUGUCGCCGCCUCUCCAUACCCAGCUUCCAAUUUUUUCUAUCGUAACACAUAUCUUCAUCUCGAAUCCAUUGUCUCCUGAAUAUUGUCGCUCCAGCUUCUCCGUGGUCGUUCUCUUUUUCUUUUUUCCGGUGGGACUCACUCUAAUAUUGUUCUCUGCCAACGAGUCUCAUCCAUUCUUUUAAUGUGACCGAACCAUGUCAGCUGUCUCUUUUCAAUAUAGUCUAUUAUAGUUUUUUCCACCUUCAUAUGUUCUCUAAUUUUUUCAUUUCUUACAUGUUCUAAUCUCGAAACCUGUCAACUUCUCCUCAAAAAGUCCAUUUCUGUACUAAGUAGCUUCUUUUUAUUUCCUGCACUUAUGUCCCAAACUUCUGCACCGUAGAUUAUUCUUUCAUAUAUUCUUCAUUAUACUUUCAUAUAUUCUUCUUUUUGUUUCCUUCCUGAUAUAUUUGUCCCAUAAAAUUGAAUUGAGGGAUCUAGUGAUGCUUCUACCUUUAUUGAUCCUGUGUUGUAUUUCAUCUUCACUAUUUCCUCGUUUGUUAAAUAUAGCUCCCAAAUAUUUGCAUUGUUUCAUACCAACAAUAUGUCCUUGUUUCAAUGGUAAGUUUUCAAUGUCUUCGUUUCCCACUAUGAAGUAUUUUGAUUUGCCCAUAUUUAUUACUAAUCCUGCCUGUUGGUAAUGUUCAUUUAGCUUCCGUAUCAUAUACUUAAGUCAUCUUGAUCUUGGGCUAUAACAACUUGGUCGUCCGCAAAGUAUAAUGUAAAUAGGGAGUCGUCUCCCACUUUCAGCCCCAUCGGUUUUACUGCUUUUGUCCACCUCUGUAAGGAUUGGUGAAGGUAUAUUUUAAAGAGAGUGGGAUAUAGACAACAUCCUUGUCGGAGGCCUUUUAAAGUAUUAAAUGCCUCAGUUUGCCGUUUUUGAUUCUGGUGUUAGUGGUCUCAUAUAACAUUUUAGUUGCUUGUAUGAGUUUUCCAUCGAUACCGAUGUCUUUAAUUGACUUCCAUAGUUCUAUUAUGGGGACACUAUCAUAGGCCUUUUCUAGGUCGAUAAGAGCGAAGUGGGUUUCCUGAUUUCUCUGUAUUCUUUUUUCUAGUGCUAUUUUUAAAUUGAAGAGAUUGUCUACCUUUGAACGUCCCGCACGAAAACCAGCUUGUUCUUCAGCUUGCUUUCCUUGAAUUUAUUGUUCUAUUUCAUUUCUUAAUAUCCUGGAGUAUAAUCUUCCAAAUACUCCUGCUAACUCCUCUGCUCCAAAUCUUAACUACAUGAAUAAACUCCUCUCCAGACACAAGGAUAUCUCAACUAAUCGACUUGGUCCAGUAUAAAACUAUACAUCUGUUUAUUACUUACAGCAUGUCAGUUAUUUCUUCUGUCUGGUACCACAGUUGGAACUCUUUCCACCAAACACAAAUACAACUUUUCACAACAUAUACUUUUUUUAAAACCUGACUAAUUAGCAACGUCGUUUCAGCAGAAACUGUAGUGUACUCGCCCGGUAUUCAAUUCACAAUGCCCUCUACUCUCCUGGCAAAACUCCAUCCAAAUCAUUAAAUCUCCCACUUCGUUUUUAGUGAACCAAUCAGGACGUAUCUCUAUCCAAACAAAUUUUACUGUCUUCUCAAAAAAAAAAACAACUUUCUACUAUCCAAUAAUCCGUAAGUCAUUCUUAGUAAACAUACUAAACAUUUUCAAUUUCUACGGAAAAAAGGAUAAUUACCGAUCCCCGAUGAUUAUUCACUAAACCUACUCUUUGUCUAAAUCUUUUCAUUGUUUCGUGGUAUACCGUACAAUAGAAAGUUCAACGUCAAAUGUUUACAAAUGUCUAACUAAACGGUAGAAAAACCAAUAUAUUGUCUUCUUAUUUUCUGGGAAUGCCUUUAACCGAAUAAGAUUCACUAAUUCCGAAAAACACUUUCUACAUCUAAUGCUUAAUAGUAUAAUAUAGAGGCAACAUCUCAUUCAACAUCUAAUGCUGCGAUUUCUGUUGGUCGGUGAUUUGAUUUUUGUCUUAAUAUUUUCUGUUUGAAUUUUGAAAAAAUAUGGAACCUUAUUAAUACAUUCCUAGUAAAAAAUCGAUUUUUAACGAGCUAUAUUGCUUAAGUGUUCCAUCUUCUUCUUCAGAUGAAAAUCCACUAACGGAUGUUAGCGAUCACAUUUUCCAUUAACUCUGUUUCUUGCAAUGUGUAUCAGAGAUUGUAUGUUGUUAAUCUCUGUCCAUUGCCUUAUGUUUCGGAGCCAGGACAUUUUCUUGCGUCCUAUUCCUCUCUUGCCUUCAAUUUUACCCUCGAUUAUAAGUAAGUAACUGGUGUUUUUCGUUUCGCAUGAUGUGACCCAGAUACUCCAUUUUCCUUUUCUUGAUAAUUUCAAAAAGUUGACGUUCUUGGUUGAUUCUCUUAAGGACAUCUGCAUUUGUGACUUUCGCCGUCCAUGGUAUCUUUAGGAUACGGCGAUAAAGCCACAUUUCGAAGGCUUCUAAUCUGUUUAUAUCCCUCGUUUUGAGUGUCCAGCCCUCUACGCCAUAUAGUAGCACCAACCACACGUAGCACUUAGUAAACCUUAGUCUCAGUUGAAGAUCGAACUCUGAACAGGUCAGUACCUUCCUGAAUUUGACGAAAGCUUGUCGUGCUUACUCAAUGCGACAUUUUACUUCCCUGUCCGAUGCCCAGUCUUCAAAAAUUCACGUUAAGUGUUCCUAUAAAAUAUGAAUUAUAAGGUACUACCGUUUCGCAGAAACGGAAUUUGUUAUCGUUAAAUAUAAGGAUUUUGGAUUAUUAUGUGACAUAAUAUCUCUUCUUGAUACAUUUCUAGUUAAAGUAGAUCUUUAUCUCUCCAUACUUAAUGAACUCUUCUCUAUAUUGAUACAUGUUGGAUGCACCCCCAUUUCGAACGCCUCAAUCUGUUUAUUGGUAGUUUUAUCUGCGUUUGAACUGUGUAUUGUGAAGUAAUACUGAUCACGCUAUCAUUUAAAGCAUACAUUAGCAAAAAAUAAAGUAUAACGUGUAAUAAAUCGUGUGGGAGAACAUUGUUUUUACGAGAUGCCAAUUUAUAACUAUAUUUUACAUACACCGUUUUGGUAUGAAUAGAAACAGAACGUUAGAAAGGCAGCAGAUAGUUAACAAGUCCCGAGCCGGCUUAUUUUCUAGUGAAUGGGUAUUUUUAUGAACAUUAAUCAAUAAAAUAUUCUGCGUAUUUCAUUGUUAAUAUUUAAUAUUUGGUAAAUAAUAAAACCAAUAAUAUUUUA